GGCGACGUGUGCCGUGCUGCGGUCCCCACGUAGUGACCUUCCGCCGGCCAGUCCUGCCCAGUCCCCGCCAUGGCCCCGCUGCCCCUCGUGCUGCAGGCAGCCGCCCCGGCGAGACUUGCGUGGCUGGAGUUGGUGUUGAAGGCCCGUGCGGGGCCGCCCCUCGCCCCACGCCUCUUUGCCACGGCUGCCGUCGCCGAACCCAACACCCACCGCCCCAAGGAACAACGCACCGAUAUCCAUGACAAGAUUUUGGCCGAACCCCUCAAGCACCCAGACUUCUUCAACGUAAAGGAACUCUUCUCCUUGAAAACGCUCUUUGACGCCCGGAUGCACUUGGGACACAAAAAGGGCUGCCGGCACAGGUUUAUGGAGCCGUAUAUCUUCGGCAGCCGCUUGGAGCAGGACAUCAUCGACUUGGACCAGACGGCCCAGCACCUGCAGCUGGCCCUGAACUUCACCGCCCACGUCGCCUACCGCCGAGGGAUCAUCCUGUUCGUCUCCCGCAACCGACAGUUCACGCACCUGGUGGAGGCGACGGCCCGGGACUGCGGGGAGUACGCCCACGCCCGCUACUUCAAGGGCGGCCUGCUGACCAACGCGGCCAUCCAGUACAGCCCCGACGUCCGGCUCCCGGACCUGAUCGUCUUCGUCAACACGCUCAACAACGUGUUCGAGCAGCACGUGGCGGUGCGGGACGCCGCCAAGAUGAACAUCCCCACCGUGGGCCUCGUGGACACCAACUGCAACCCCUGCCUCCUCACCUACCCCGUGCCGGGCAACGACGACUCGCCGGCCUCCGUGGAGCUCUUCUGCCGGCUCUUUAAAACCACCGUCAACCGGGCCAAGGACAAGCGGAAACAAAUGGAGAUGCUGCACAGGCCCCCGGGCCCCCCGGGGGCCGCCGCCUAGGGAGUCGGGGGUCGCGGGGAAAUGGGAGGGCGUCGCCGUCUGGUUUCCUGACACUGAACCCACACGAGACCUGGUCGGAGGGGCUCCGUACCCUCCCCGCAAUAAAAAAAAAAACUUCCUCUUUUCAA